GAGUGACUAGAUUUUGAAAAGCUGUCUGCUGACUUGACAUUGUUAUUGCCGUCUAGGUUAACGAGCGAAAUGACUUUUUAAGUUUGAAGGGUUGUAGUGUAGUUUUAUUUAAAAAAUAAACAAUGUGUUCGCGUAGGAGUGUGCUUUCAGUUAGCAAUAAAGCUUUCAACUGUUUUUGUAAAAGAAGUAGGAGCCAAAGUCCAAGACUAUUAACUAGAGAAUGUCAGCCAGAAACCUUACCUAGUCUUCGAACUCUUAAUUCUAGUCAUAGUGAAGAAGUUCUGGUUUCACCAUGUCGAUCGUUUUUCACUCUUCCUGGCUCUCCGGCAAAAACAAGAAAGUUCACUGGAAAGAAACUGGUUGGAUUCACAAUGGAAGAGAUGUAUGAAGUGGUGUCCGAUGUUGAGAACUACAAAGCAUUUGUUCCGUUCUGUAAACGGUCCAAUGUCCUGACACGGACAGACACCUACUUGAAGGGGGAACUUGAGAUUGGUUUCCCUCCGAUCGUGGAAAGUUACGUUUCUCAUGUAACACUUGAUCGUCCUCGGCUGGUUGUAGCCGAGUGCAAGGACGGGAAGCUGUUUGAUCACUUGGUUACCAGCUGGAAAUUCAGCCCGGGGUUGAAAAACAAAAAGCGAUCAUGUGUCAUCGACUUUCACGUAGACUUUCAAUUUAAGUCUGUUCUCCACUCACAGCUAGCUCAUAUGUUCUUCAACGAACUCGUCCGUCAGAUGGAGUCAGCAUUUUUUGACGAAGCAGAACGUAGAUUUGGAGCUGCAUCAAUGCAGACGAUCAAACUAAAAGUUACUCCCUCCACCGGUUCAUGACCCUCAAUUCCUUAGUAAUUAUUUUCAAUUAGGUUGGUAAUUUAAUAUUUUAUUUUUUUAUUUGUAUAUAUUAUUUGAGAACAAUGUUACCAGGCAUAUAUUGUGAAGGAAAUUUAACAAGUUUUGUUGCUAAUUUUGUAAAUAUUGAUUGUUGGUAACGUUUAUGUAACGUAGAUUGCUUUUUGGACGUUAUAGUUCAAAUUAUUUAUUUUAGUUUCAUAAAAAUGCAUAUUUUGUUGUUAAACAAACUGUUUUCACCCUUGAGGACCUGUUAUUAAGUGAUACCCAUUGUUUACUUGAUAUUUAAAACUAAAAGUGUCCAGUAAUUUUUUUUAUUUGAUUUACAAGAAUAUGUGUGCUUACAGGAUAAAUAAAACUACUUGGGUUUGAGAAAUGUUUUUCCCUUCAAAGAAAUUAACAUUCAAGAACCAACUAAUAACUGUUAUUGGGUUGAAAUAUCUUGUGUUUGCAUUGCUAUGCUCUUUUCAUUUGAAUAAAUUAAUUGUAAGAAAGCAUAAACAUUUUAAAAUGUUGAGAGAGGAUUUCACGUUACCUGACAAUAUUUUGAGGAAAAAAUUUUCUUGAAAACAAAAUUUAUUUCCAUAAUUUAUGUGAAAGUGUUAUAGCUAGUCUUAAUUUAUAUGUUAAACAUAGUAAAAAUUUUCUUUAUGUAAGUGCAUGAACAUUAGGAAGCUUUUAUUUGCCUUUGAAAUUGCCUAGAUGUUGUUAAGGAAGCUUUAUGAUAGGAAAAGUAGAACUUAUUAGGAAUGUUAACUGUUACAUUUAAAGAGUUACUCAGAAUAUUAUAUUUACUGUUGAAUGUUGGUAACCAUUUAUGAUUCUUGUACUAUUAUGGUAUACUGGAACAUAUUUUUUUAUGUAACUUGAAAUAUGAAUUUAUCAUAUAUUUUUGGUCUAAUUCAUUUUGGAUUAAAUAUAGCAAAUUGUACACUCACAUUUUUGGUAAAUGUAAUUUUAUUUUCUAAUGUAUAAUUUUGAUGUCAUCAGAUUUGUAGGAUUUAAUAAACAUAUAAAUAGGUAAAAACAUUUUAGUUUGUUAACUUUGAAUUAUUUGCAUUAGCCUAUUCAAUAUAACAUCUGUAAAAUGGGGGGCCUAUCUGUAAAAUGUUAUAUAUUAGAUAUACCGGUAUUUGAAUAGUUUCAGAUAAGAUAGUUGAUAAUAGUCAUUCUAUUGGCCCCACUACAAAAGCAGCAAGCAUGUGUCUAAUCUAUCAGCAUUGGUUUUCUUCAUCAACAAGGUUUGCCAAAGUGCAGUGUAAAAUUAAAUUUUUUUUUGUAUAAA